UAUUUGCAUUAUAUUCUGUAUAAUAAAAAGUAUAUACAGUUAACCAUGAAUUUUCGUCUUUGGCUUUUAUGGAGAGGUUUUUCUGUAACAAUACAUAUAAUUGCCGUCUCGUUGUAUGGAUUUUCGUUAGUCUUUCAAUUUGUUUAUCCCAAUGGCUAUUAUCCCAAACAAUCAUCAACUGAUCCCAAACAUAAUGCAUCAAUUGAUGUCAAUUCAACUACAAUUGAUUAUACAUUUGGCUGGAAAUAUAAAUUUUUAACAUUUUGGAAUUUACACAUACAGUUCAUCGUAUUUCUUAUAUAUUUAUUUUGCGAUUGUUUUCGCGUUAAUUAUAUGCCUUCAAAAGCCAUUGAAAGAAGUAUUAAGAAGCGUUUGAUGCAAACUAGAGAUACACUCCACCACUCACUGGUGUUUCCCAUUGGUUGGUUGGUCUCAACUAUGUAUUGGACUUUAUAUUUUAUAGACAAGUCAUUGGUGGUCAAUAGCACUGGUAGAUAUCCCUGGUGGUUGACCCAUUUAGAUCACUCAAUUAUUGUUGUGAUAAUAAUGUUGGAAACAGUGAUAACAUAUCACCGCCGCAACAAACUGGCGGUCGAGAUGUCAUUAUUGAUGGCAAUCAUGAGCUCAUAUGUCGGUUGGGUUUGUUAUCUCGGCUUUUAUCGGCAAAUAUGGGUUUACGGUAUAUUCAGAAACCGGUCCACAGUCUACAGGGUUGUAAUAUUUGUCGCUUCGGGCGCUUAUCUAUUGACACUUUAUUUUGCCGGUCUAUUAAUUCAUCGACUGUGUUGGCCAAAGAGUCGCCGGGAGGAGUGGCCUCAGCAGUGGUCGGCCGAUGAAAUUAGUAACGAUCAGUUGGAGUUUGAAAAUUUUCGGGUCAGACAGGGUUUGAUUACUUGAUAAUCAUAUAAACAAAUAUAUGUUAUUAUAAUUUAUUAUUAAUUUUUAUUAUUAAUUUACAUUCAUAAUAUU